ACCACGUGUCUUACAGAUUAGAAACUGGCAUGGUUGAGUCUCUCUCUCGCCUGGCAGUUGCUGUAUCAUUGAUUUGAUGCUGAAUGAGCGCUGACUCUUGAGCAAGGCUGCGACUCCAACAGCAUGACAUGAAGUCGCGGUGAUGUGAUGUGUCUGGCGGUAAUAUUCACAGGCAGCUUUUAAUUCCGUUUUCAGAGCAGACUAUUUCAACCUCCACGUUUCUUUUUGGAUGCAAUGUCCUAUUUGAAUCCCCGGGGGAGAGAGCUCGAGCGUUUUGAUGGACUUUCGCUCAUCUACUGGACACUAAUGGGUCCGUAUGGAGUAGAUCGAGCAGUGCAUUCAAUGGAGUUUACAGACUGUGAGAAUGGACUAGGAAUCAAAGUGAUCGGAGGUGUGAAAGAACUAACAGGAGAGGAAUAUGGUGUUUAUGUGAAGAGGAUCUUACCUGGUGGCCUUGCUUCCAGUGAUGGAAACCUGCAGCCUGGAGACCAAAUCCUGGAAGUGAACGGCGAAAGCUUGAUUGGCGUGACAAGUGAAAGAGCGGUGGACAUUCUCAGAGCAGCAUCUUCAACCAAUCACAUGCGCCUUCUCAUAGCCAGAGAUGAGGAAGCCAGGCGAGAAUUUGCAGAGCUUCUUGAAAAGUACGGCUCAAAUGGCAGCACAGGAUCUACCAGGAAUUCUCCAAUUCAGCAUACAGGCAGAUAUUUGGACAGCACAUCAUCAGGGUCUUCAUCAAGAUCUCAAAGUCCUUUAUUGCUUAGUCCUGCUGGAUCUCAGAACAAUUAUAACAACACCGGACCUUUGCUACGCUCCUUAAGUCACCCAGGUGAAGGGGUGAUUCAGCUGAUAACAGUGGCUCGCUCCUGCAGUUUGGGUAUCACCAUCGGCGGUGGCUCCAACAGACCUGAUGGCCCUGCAGUUUUUAUCCAGGAAGUGCUGUCUGGAGGAGACUGUCAUCGGGAUGGACGGCUCAGACCCGGAGAUCAGCUUAUCGCCAUUAACAAGGAAUCACUGAUAGGAGUCACCUACGAGGAGGCCAAAAGCGUGCUCAAUAAGGUCAAAUUCAGUCAAGACCCGGUGGUGGAUAUUGCCUUCAUCCCAGGAAAAGGACCCUUUUCCAGCAGCCCGUCGUUGCAUAAUGGAGUUCAGAGAGGGGUUGGGAACGGAUACAACUCUAGUCGGUUAAAGGUUCAUGUGCGAUCUCCUGAGAUGCGACAAGAGGAAACGGCUCCAGUUCUUUCCUCCUCUCCGGAUAUCUGUCCUCCAGACAUACAGGUUUCAGCCUCCACCGCACAGAGACCAGCCACUGUUUCCAAACCCAAGAUCUCGCUGGACCCCCACAUACGGCUCAAAUCAGAGAAGCUGGAUCUGGCUUUAUCAUACCUGGGUCUGGAUGUGACAGAUGAGAAGAGAAGGCAGCUCAGAGAGAGUCUCACCACAGACCCACAGGGAACAGUCUCAUAUGGAGACUUUGUGGAGGCCACACGCAGUGUCUAUCAGGAGAAGCUGGAGGAGGUGGGCUUGGGACAGGGACCGUUUAUGUUCUCCUACCAGGAAGCAGCUAGUUUGAUGGACACCUCUGCCUUUCAUUCCCCAACAUAUGAAUCAGAGUGCAGCUACAGCAGUGAAGAGCUGGAGGAGUUUCAGAAUGAAGUCAAACAUCUCCAGGUGCAGAUGAAACAACUCAAGGUGAUGCUGAAAGACACAGAGGACAGUAAGAAGACUCUGGAGGAUGAACUGCAGAAGACAGCAGAGAAGGCCACAGCAACGCUGGAGGAGAAUAAGUGUCUGAAGAGUAAACUGCAGGUGGCAGAAGCUGUGCAGAGACAGACCAACAGUGCAGAGCAGGACUAUGAGGAGGUCAUUCAGCUCCUGGAGGCCGAAAUCAAAGAUCUGAAAAACCAGCUCGCCGGCAAGAACAAGAGAGGCUUGGAGGCCACUAAGGAGGAUGUGAUGGAUCUGAACAGAAGGCUGACCGCCAUUGACAGCCAAUUCAGAAAGUCUGAACUCACUCGAAAACACUUGGAGAUAUCCAACAAGAAGCUCCUUGGCUUUGCCCAGAAUGUCCACAAAGUUCUCACCAACACUUACUUAUUCGGGAUUGAAAAUGGGAGUGCACAAGCAUCUCCAGCAACCGACAGCCCCGACACACCGUCCCCGAUCCCAGACUCGGCCUGCCAGCUCGCAGCCAAGGCCAAAGAGCUUGUGGAUGGAGUCUGCUCGCUUUGCACUGAGGAUCACACAUUACCGCAGUACGUAGAGGGAUCUGUUGUGAAGGCCGAAGAGGACUGUGAUUCAGAUCUCCAGUGGCCACAGCCUCCUGUCCUCGGGACUCCAGCAGCCGAGCGAAGAGGACAAUAGAGCCUCCAGAUGAACCAGAUCAUCCACAAUAUCUGAACUCAAAGCAUACUGUGGAAAAAAAGAGACUGUGAGCUUUCACUCCUUCAGUUCAUUCUUCAGAGGCCUGAGCUCAACUCAAACUCAUUUUUUAAAGCCGUCCAUGUGUAUAUAUAACAAGUAGCAGAACUCAAUGUCAUAAUAUAAAGCAGAAAUCAACCCAGGGGACUGAAAUCGGCUCUUUGAGAUGCUCGAAUGCGGUUUCAGUCAUGUCAGCAAAACAUUUACAGCAGAUGGUUACCAUACACAGAUGAUUUUUUGUCCGAAUAUUUCCUCAUUGAACAACUGUAAUGAAACACAUGCGACCGUGCAGCUGACCUCUCUAUUAGAGUUAGGUGUGUUAUAUACAUGUAUGACAUUUCACUUUAGAAAUACACGUUGGGACAGUC